GGGAGCACCGCGGCCCCCGCCGCUGUCCAGCCCGCUCCGUGGCCUUUCGCGCCCGGCGCAGCUGCCGCUGUCGCCUCCGCCUCUCGGAGGAACUCGGCCCCUCGGCUCGCCAUGGACACUCCUAGGGUCCUGCUCUGGGCGAUCUUCCUCAUCAGCUUCCUCUGGGAUUUGCCGGGUUUCCAGCAGGCUUCCAUCUCCUCGUCCUCCUCCGCCGAACUGGACUCCGCCAAGGACGUGAGGAGCCGCAGAGAGGGGAAGAUGCCGCGGACUCCACGAGACAGCGCCGAGGGCCGGACGCCCCAGGAGCACCAGCCGCCUGGACCGUCUCGGGGGCAGGAGCCGCCGGGCAGGGGACUGCGCGUGGUGCCUCACGAGUACAUGCUGUCCAUCUACAGGACUUACUCCAUUGCCGAGAAGCUGGGCAUCAACGCCAGCUUUUUUCAGUCUUCCAAGUCCGCUAACACCAUCACUAGCUUUGUAGACAGAGGACUGGACGAUCUCUCGCACACUCCUCUCCGGAGACAGAAGUAUUUGUUUGAUGUGUCCACGCUCUCAGACAAAGAAGAGCUGGUGGGCGCAGAACUGAGGCUUUAUCGCCAGGCGCCCCCAAAGCCCUGGGGGCCACCGGGCCGACCGCUGCGCGUUCAGCUCUUCCCCUGUCUGUCCCCGCUGCUGCUGGACUCCAGGACCCUGGAUCCUCAGGGGCCAAGCCAGGCCGGCUGGGAAGUCUUCGAUGUGUGGCAGGGCCUGCGCUCUCAGCCCUGGAAGCAGCUGUGCUUGGAGCUGAGAGCAGCCUGGGGCGAGCCGGACGGCGGGGAGACUGAGGCGCACGGGAGGGGUCCCCAGCAGCUGCCUCCUCUGGACCUGCGGAGUCUGGGCUUCGGCCGGAGGGUGCGGCCGCCCCAGGAGCGCGCCUUGCUCGUGGUGUUCACCCGAUCCCAGCGCAAGAACCUGUUCACCGAGAUGCGCGAGCAGCUAGGCUCGGCCGAGGCCGCGGGGGCCGAGGGGUCAUGGCCAGCGCCGUCGGGCGCCCCAGACGCCGGGUCUUGGCUGCCCUCGCCCGGCCGCCGGCGGCGACGCACCGCCUUCGCCAGCCGCCACGGCAAGCGCCACGGCAAGAAGUCCAGGCUGCGCUGCAGCAGGAAGCCGCUGCACGUGAACUUCAAGGAGCUGGGCUGGGACGACUGGAUUAUCGCGCCUCUGGAGUACGAGGCCUAUCACUGCGAGGGCGUGUGCGACUUUCCGCUGCGCUCGCACCUGGAGCCCACCAACCACGCCAUCAUCCAGACGCUCAUGAACUCCAUGGACCCGGGCUCCACCCCGCCCAGCUGCUGCGUCCCCACCAAACUGACUCCCAUCAGCAUCCUGUACAUCGACGCGGGCAACAACGUGGUUUACAAGCAGUACGAGGACAUGGUGGUGGAGGCCUGCGGCUGCAGGUAGCGCUGCCGUCCCGCCGCCUGGGCCGGGGACCGCGGGGGAGGCCUGACUGCUGAUGGGAGAGCCCGAGCUGCUCUGGAAGAGGCCACAGGUGCGGGACCGCAGGAAAGCAGGGGCGCGGCGGGAGGGGAGGCGGCCCAGCCCUCUCACCAGCCUCCACCCGCCAACCCAGCUAAGGCUUUCACAUGUGGGCCACUCUGGAAAGACUAGAGGGAUUCUUUCUUUUCUUUAUCAUUACAGCUUUGGAUUUUCUUCUUCUUCUUCUUGCGUCUCCUUGGUUUUGAUGGGAGAAGGAGGGAGGGGAGAUGGGUACCUGUUCACGAGUGUUCGCGCGGGAAGGCAGAGGUGAGAGAAAGUGUCAAUCGCUUUCUCCCACGUUUUCAGACUGGUUGUCUCUACCUGUGUGAGAGAGUGCGGUCUUUUGAGUCUUUCCAGCCGCGUCACAGCUGGCGUCCCCGGCUUCUGCACAGGAAGUAUUAGGGGGAGUUGGCCAAAGGGAUCUGCGAAUAGAAAAGGGUCUUGCCCUGAGAGAAGCCCAAGCUGCCUCCUUCUUUCCUCCCUACGUUUCCGUGAAUUUAUCGGCUCUGUCCUAGCCUCUCCCAGCACAGGGAACUGGGAGCUGCCACCGCCCUGGACUCAGGUCUCCGGAUGCCUUUACUGUUGCUGGUGGGGGUAAAGGAGUUGGUAUGGCUGGAAUGACAAGAAUUAGUCCGUGUGGAACCCCGUGAAGGAUAAUGAGAAACCACAAGGCCUCUACCUCUGACCGGGUGACACGGAGGUACAUUUCCCAAGGCUGGAGGUAGCCCACCCAAAAGCUCUUGGUCAGGUCUGGUUCUCAUUGAUUUCUUUCAACAGAAUUUGCCAGAAUUCCAGCACUUCCUUCUAAGGCGAAAAUGAUUUUUUUUUUUAAAUGGUGAGGGGUGGAAACUCUAUAAUUAAGGUAAGAAGGGAAGAGGAGGAGGAGAAAAGGACCUAAAGAGUGGAAGGGCUACAUCAGGAGGGGAGAUGAUGGGCCCCACAGGAGGAUGGAGAUAAAGGGCCAGGCCCCAAGCAGGGAAAGAGGAUGAAAGGGCCAGGAGCCUCUGCCUCUGAAGUUUCUUAAAAUUUAAGUUCCCUCCCCUCUUUCUGACAUUCCUGAGAGAUUACCAGCCAGCAAUAGCCCAGGGCUCCCCCUAGAGAAUUGUUUUAGAUUGUAAUUACCAGUUAGGUGGUGUUUUAAAACCUGAGUAAUGAGAAACUGUGAAGCGUCAAAUGCUACACUGAGCUUGGGGUGGAAACUGGGGUACAGGCAUCAAGGAAAGAAACCAGCAGGAAGCAGGAGAGCACACAGGGAAAUAACCUGUUCCCAGGCAGUCAGAACCUUGGUCCUUCCCUCAGUCUGUGCCAAGAUUAUUUUCAAACAUGAAACAGGCAGAGUCUCUGGGAACUAAGCUUCUCCAUCUUUGCCUAUGGAGAGGUUUAAACUGAGGAAGGCAGGGUAAUGAGUAUAGAAUGUUUUGGGUUACUGCAACUGGCUCGUUCUUUCCCCAUCUAAGUCUGUUGCUUCAUCUGGUUCAGAGAACUACGCACUGUCCAGGAACGGGCCGGGGUGCUGACACACGGCUAUGUAAAAUGGUAGGAGAAAGAAGACAAGACUUGGCCAGGAGAACUGACUGAAAUGCACAUUUGCUUUGGAUGCACUGUUGUUCUGUUAAGGUUGUACAUAUUUGUUUAUUUAAGAUGACUGAAAGUGCAAAGAAAAAAACCUGCAAUUCAUCUUAAUGUACAAAAAGUUAUAUGCAUUCAAAUGUUAUAAUUUCUAAUAUUUUAAAAGUUUAUAUUCGAGUUGUACAAAGUUGAGCAUUAAUCAGAUAUUUCAUUCUUUCAUAAUGUUAUCAUUUUCUUAAAUAUUAUUACAAAAUUUUAAGUGUGUCUAAUGGAGAGUUUUUUGUUUUUUGUUUUGGAAACUGUCUACCUCACUAUAAUACAAACUUUGACAACACUAAAGUUACCAGAGGUUGAUUAAUAUUCAAAACAAUU